AUGCUUCUCCAGUUUUUCGCCUCCGGGCCCCACUCCGGACAAUUAUUCAUUUUUGGGGUGCGGAGGCUCGACGUCCUCUUUUCGGCGACCCUUCUCCAUAAUCUUGCAGACAACAACAACACCGUCAACGCGCUAUGCCGCCCAGCAGACCAACUCCGGCCAAACAAAAACGUGUCCGUACGGGAUGUUGGACAUGUCGUCGGCGGAGAAGGAAGCGACGAAGGAAAACCUCGCUGUGAAAAUUGCGAGGCGAAGGGUUUUUCGUGUCGGUAUGGCGCCGAUCUUACCUUUGUAUCCGUGCCAAACCCACGGAUCCAGUCCCCCAAAGGGCCGGCUACUAGGCUAAAUUAUAACACGAUCGAAUUUAUUGAUGACCGCCCAGCGACGUCAGACAUCACAUCGAACUGUGGACCUUGUACAAAUGGCCAGGGGACUGACACGGGACCAGUUCCGCCUGCGAGUGCUUCCCAAAGCGCUAUCAUCGAACAACCGGCUCAACAGGCCACUGCUGAGCAUGUCGACAGUGAAGAAUUCAACCGACCUGCAUAUCCUUCCGGCGUGGAUGCCGAUAUCUCCCGGGAGUCCACUUUUUCGGAUUCUAGUACUGCCUCCCAGCUCCAACAGAACCGGGGUACCGUUGCCAAGAGUCGGGCUCUGGCGUACGCUUCGGGCAAUUGCAGCUCUAGCUCCCGAUUUCCCAUCACCAGCAACCCGGUUCAUCCCAUCCCGACCAGUGGAGUCGAUGAGAUUGGCCUACUGCGUUACUUUCGCUACCAUCUGGCCCCAUGGAUUGAUAUCGGAGAUCCCGACUGCGGUUUUGAGAUCCAGGCAUUGCUCCUUGCAAAAACUGAGCGACCACUGUUGGCUGCCAUCAUGGCGCUUGCCUUGACUCAUUCUUCACUUCAGCGGCAUGGAAACGCCAUCGGUGUGAGUGCUACAUUGCAGGACGAGGCGGAACGUGGACUCGCCCUCGCGGACGAUCCGAUCAAGUCAAUGGGACUAGCCCUCUUGAUGUUGCACGACUUCUUCCUCUCCCAUCCGCGACAAUGGCGGGACUUUCUACGAGCUCGUACUCGUGGAUUGAGUAGUCUUGAUUUUGCAAGUACCCCACAGGGUGUGCUAAACCAGCCCUGGUGGCUACUCCACUCUCGAAUUGAUCUUGCUGCCGGCAUCAUUAGUGCAAAAGCGCCAUUGAUGUCAUACCGCUCCCAAUUACUACCUGAUGGCCCUUUCCCCCUAGUGCCACAACAACGACCGUCCAAAUGGGUCUUCUUGCGUGUUUUGCUUCUUUUAGCGGACACUUUGUCCCUGGCCUUCAGCCAGAUGAUACAGUAUCCCCAAGUCCCGAACGAAUGGUACCACAACCGCCAUGUGGAGAUGCGGCCGGUUCUAGACAUUCGUGGUGUGGAGGCAGAUGAGAUUAAUUCUGGGAACUGCUCAUCUUGUCCUAUUCUUAUCUACACGUCACCUCUUGCCCUUUUGGCCAACAUUAUCUACCACAUAUCUUCAUUCCUCUUACUUAUUCACAGGCCAAGGCUACUGAAGACGAUCGCAGGUCCGAGACGUUUCGCCUCGCGCAUCUGGCACGCGCAAGCCAUCACAGGAAUUGCUACGAGCAAUGCGUUCAAGGAGCAGUGGGAUCCGAUCCUGAUCGCUAGUCUUCUUACCAUAGCACCAGAGAUGACCCACACAUCGCAGCAAUCAAUCCUACUCGACCUACUUGGUAGUAUUGCUACCACCACUGGAAUUAAGCUAGAUUCUGAGAUAGACGACUUGCGAUCGUGCUGGAACAUUUCACAAUACGAUGAAGACGCGGUAGAGUGA